AUGCUCGACCGCGAAAGUGUCAUGUUUCAUCAAGUAUUCUGGUCAUUCCCAUCGUGUGUCGAGGCAUUCCAGCACUGCAAGCCCCUAGUCUCGGUUGAUGGAACACACCUGUAUGGUAAAUACACGGGGACCUUGUUGAUGGGAAUAGCACAGGACAGAAACAACAACAUUCUUCCGAUAGCUUUCACGCUUAUGGAGCGGGAGAACACAGAUGUGUGGUACUUCUUUCUGACUAACUUAAGGAGACAUGUGGCUAUAAAGACUACGCUCGAACGAGACAGUUGUGUCUGGGAACACAAUGUUUACUAUGUCCAACACAUUGCGUCAAACUUUGCAACAAACUUCAAGAGUAAGGAAGCCAAAAGACAUCUUGUUAACGCGGCAUACUCAAAGACGCAAGAGCAGGCACAAUACUACCUUGAGUUAAUCAGCGCUGAGGAUCCCGCCACAUCCCCGGCAAUGAUGGCUUGGAUAAGAGGGUUAGAGCCACCGAAAUGGCUCCAACACCGCGAUGAGAGUCGCCGAUAUGGUCACAUGACAACAAAUCUUUCUGAGUGCAUCAACUCUGUGCUCAAGGGGACUCGUAACCUUCCGGUAUGUGCAAUUGUCAAGUCCACCUACUACCGUCUAAAUGCAUUGUUUGUCAACAAGGGUCGGCAGGCAGAAGCACAUGUUGCAUGUGGCCAGAUAUUUUCACAGUUCUUGCAAAAGGCAAUACUUGCCAACAGGGAGGGAAUCACACAAAUGCUUGUGAUAUCAUACGACAGGGCGACAUCGAUCUUCACCGUCGAUGAGAUAGCCGGUGUAAGGCUUGACUGGCAGUCUUAUGUUGACGAUGUUUAUCGGGUUGAAAAUGUAGUCCGGGUCUAUCAGAUGGAGUUUCCGCCAUUGCCUAACGAGGAAGUGUGGCCACUGCACGAUGGAAAACGUCUCCGUCCCAAUCCCCAUUUGCGCCGAUCGAUGGACGGCCGACCUGUGUCGACAAGAAUUUGGAACGAGAUGGACGACGUCGAGCCUGGACCUGGAAAGCGAUGCGAUAUUUGCAGGCAACCAGGGCAUACUAGGAGACAUUGUCCUCAUAUUGCUGGCACUUAG